AGAAGCUGAUACGGAGUCGCUUUAUCGCGUGACUGAUUCAGAUAAACACAGCGGGACUUCGCGUUGAAAAGCGAGAUGAAAGAGGUUUAUCUGUAAACCAGGGCCCCUGGAAUAUAUUGGAGAUUUAAUCAAGAACCAAUGAUUUAAUCAAUUUUACUAAGUGAGAUUGUAGCAGUUAGUUAGCAUCUCUAGCUACAUGUCUGCACUCACGACGCUACGUUGCUAACUGAGAAAUAACUGCCAACCAUUAUGCCGUUUUAUUUUCUUUAACUUAUGAACUGAGUUCACCUGUAUGUCUGCAAAAAUAUAAACGUGUCUGACUAAAACUGUCUCAGAUUGUUUAGAGAAGAAAUUAGCCUGGUUAGCUUUGUGGAGGUGCUUGUUUUGCUUUACACCCAGUUGGCUUUCCCAUAGAAACUGAUUUCCCAUAGAAAGUCAUAUUUCUGUAUAUAAGUCAAUUAUAACUCAUUUGUGAACGUGUAUGCUUGGGAACUUAAGUAGUGAAGCGGACUGACAGGUGUUUGCCCUGCCCCAUUUGUUUUAUUUGAAACUAUCAGGCGUGGAUCUCACGUAAGGCAUAUGCAUGUGUGAGAUAAAUAAAGGUAGGAUGCAGUAGUGGCGAGGAAGCGCUCAAUGCCGUGUGUGCUGGAGGAUGAUGCGGAUGAGCUGGAUGAUCACAGUUAUUAACAGAAGAAUGAUGAAGAUCCUGGUCACCCUCGCUCUCAUUGCUUACAUCGCCUCUGUCUGGGGAACCUAUGCAAAUAUGAGGUCUAUACAAGAACAUGGAGAAAUGAAGGUUGAGCAGAGGAUAGAGGAGGCAGUGGCACCUCUCAGGGAGAAGAUACAGGAGCUUGAGCUUAGCUUUACUCAGAAGUACCCACCUGUGAAAUUCUUGUCUGAGAAGGAUCGAAAGAGGAUUUUGAUCACCGGUGGGGCAGGAUUCGUAGGCUCUCACCUCACUGAUAAAUUGAUGAUGGAUGGUCAUGAGGUGACCGUGGUAGAUAAUUUCUUCACUGGCCGCAAACGCAAUGUAGAACACUGGAUUGGUCACGAGAACUUUGAGCUGAUCAACCAUGAUGUGGUAGAGCCUCUCUAUAUCGAAGUUGACCAGAUAUAUCAUUUGGCCUCCCCUGCAUCACCACCCAACUACAUGUACAACCCUAUCAAGACACUGAAAACGAAUACCAUUGGGACUCUCAACAUGCUGGGUUUAGCCAAGCGAGUCGGAGCUCGCCUACUACUUGCCUCCACUUCAGAAGUAUAUGGAGACCCAGAGGUGCACCCCCAGAAUGAGGAAUACUGGGGCCAUGUGAACCCUAUUGGUCCACGGGCCUGCUAUGAUGAAGGAAAGCGUGUAGCUGAGACCAUGUGCUAUGCCUACAUGAAACAGGAGGGAGUGGAGGUGAGGGUGGCUCGGAUCUUCAACACCUUCGGGUCUCGCAUGCACAUGAAUGAUGGACGAGUGGUCAGUAAUUUCAUUCUACAGGCUCUACAGGGAGAACCUCUGACGGUGUAUGGUUCAGGAUCUCAGACGAGAGCUUUCCAGUAUGUAAGUGAUCUGGUGAACGGUCUGGUGUCUCUGAUGAAUAGUAACGUCAGUAGUCCAGUAAACCUGGGAAAUCCAGAGGAACACACCAUAUUGGAAUUUGCUCAACUUAUUAAGAGCCUUGUAGUGAGUCGCAGUCAUAUUCAAUUCCUUCCAGAGGCACAAGAUGAUCCACAGAGACGACGGCCAGACAUCCAUAAGGCCAAAAUGCUUCUGGGCUGGGAGCCUGUGGUGCCUCUGGAAGAAGGAUUGAACAAAACCAUCCAGUACUUCAGCAGAGAGCUGGAGCAUCAAGCCAACAAUCAGUAUAUUCCCAAACCUAAAGCUGCACGGAUGAAAAAAGGGAGGCCCAGACACAACUGAAGAAGUGUCAAUCUCAGGGAUGUUGGGAUCAUGGAGGACCUUAGACAUCCAGCAGCCAUUUCAGAGAGUGGGUUUCCCAUCCCCCAAUUUUAAAGAUCUUUUUGAGAAAAAAUAAUUAUUUUUUUUUUGCAAUGCUUUGAAAAGCAGCUCAGGCAGAGAGCUGAGAUGUUUUUCAGGAAAACGUGCCUCAUAGCUAUCCAAUUUACAGACUUUGCCUUGCACUUUGAUUUUUUUUAGUUGUCUGUCUGUUAUUUAAAAACAAGCUUAGAUCUUCAUGUGCAUUUUUUUGAUGUGUUUACAUUCAGUGCUGUUUUAAUUAAUGUAAUAUAUUUCUUUUAUAUCAUUGUCAAUGCUAGAACUUUUUUUUUUUUUGACAUGUAUUACACCUAGUAAUGUUGAAAUGUAUAAUGGAUAUUGGUGAAAGAAAUGUAUUUUAAGAUUUUGAGUUUUUGGUCCAGAGCAGGAAACCUCAACCCAGCUCUGCCACGGAAGAUAUGAGGACCCUGGUGAAAGAAAAAGCUUUGGGAAAUGUUGUUUCUGCUUUAACUUUUGUGGUGAUUUUGAAAAGCUGUUGUUACCUUUUGAAACUUCAUACAGAACUUUGAACCUAUAAUUGAUUUCAGGUGAAAAAAAUAGUAUUUUAAUAAAAAAUGUACUGUGAUUUGCACUGUAUUCCCUUUUUAAUCUCACUUUGUCUGCCUUCUCAAUGGUCGCAUCCCUACUUCCCAUUUGUAUUAAUUUGAUCUCUGUGUUUCCAGCUCAAAAAUCUUUUAGCUUUUUCUGUCCCUCCUUCCUGCUCUCCCUUCAUCACUGAUAGUGGAGCAUGUGUGUCAUUGUAUGUUACAAAACCACACUGUUGCUAUGCAGACUACGAUAGCUAUGUGAGGGUUGAUGGGAAAGUGGACUGUCAGUAAAAGAGGGGAGUUGCUUUCAUGGAACACAAAAGGUACACUGCUAGCCUGACUCCCCAUUCAUUUUCAUUGUAUGGAAAAAAAGAUACAAUGUAAGUGAAUGAUGACGGAGGCUAACAUUCUACCUAACAUCUGCCAAAGUGUUCAUAAACUUCACCUUUUGAAUUCCAUAGAAGUUCAUACAUUCACAUAUACCAUGUCACAUUUUCCUGUCAUUUUACUCCUCUGCCCUCAUUUCAUUUAAAUCUGCAAAACUCUCUUUAAUGAAACAUGUAAUGUGACAUUUUUGAAUACUCUAACAGUGCCAUAUUCAAUUUGAGAGCUGCAGCUGCAUGAUUUUCAAGUGAAUGACAUCAUGCUUAUGAAGUCUCUUCAUCACACAAACCGUAUGCCUUUAGAAGACUUGUAAUAUAUCCCAUAUUAAGUCAUAGGGACUGCUUUUAUGAUCAUUUUAUGGAGCUUUUUUGUAAUUUUGGUGCUUGACUGCACCCAUCCCCAU